UCCACCGUUAAAUCUCUUUAGAGGGAAAACAAUGGCCACACCCAGCAAUGCCGAAAAGGAAAGAGAAAAAGAGCUUCAAUUAGACGAUGAUCUAUACAGAGCUUAGACAUUGAGGGCUAUCUUUUCCUCGUCCUUUUCUGGUUGAUUUUUGGAGAGAAUCUAGAAGAAAGCUAGGGUUUAAUGGCGGAGCAGAGGAACAGAUGGAACUGGGAGGUGAGUGGAUUUGAGCCUAGGAAGUCAUCGGCUUCUGUGGAGCCGGAGGAGCAUAGAGUGGCUGCACCGCUUGUGCGAAGGUACUCGAUCUCUGCGGCUUCGGUUUUGCCGCGAGAGAAUUCGGAGUUGUCGAAGCAGGCUUUAGCCUCUAAAGUCCAGCGGUUGAAGGAUAAAGUUAAGGUUGCAAAAGAAGAUUACUUGGAGUUGAGGCAAGAAGCAAGUGAUCUGCAGGAGUAUUCCAAUGCAAAACUUGAUCGAGUAACACGUUAUUUAGGUGUGCUUGCUGAAAAAACUCGCAAGCUAGAUCAAGUUGUCCUUGAAACUGAUGCUAGAAUAUCUCCAUUGAUUAAUGAGAAGAAAAGGCUGUUUAAUGACUUAUUGACAGCCAAAGGAAACAUCAAGGUUUUUUGUCGUGCUAGACCAUUAUUUGAAGAUGAGGGUCCUUCCAUUGUUGAAUUUCCUGAUGAUUGCACUAUCCGUGUCAAUACCGGCGAUGAUAGCAUUGCCAACCCCAAAAAGGAUUUUGAAUUUGAUAAAGUAUAUGGACCUCAUAUUGGACAAGCUGAACUGUUUAGUGACGUUCAACCAUUUGUGCAAUCGGCAUUGGAUGGUUACAAUGUUUCAGUAUUUGCUUAUGGACAAACUCGCUCUGGAAAGACACACACUAUGGAAGGAUCCAGCCAUGAUCGUGGUCUAUAUGCUCGUUGUUUUGAGGAGUUGUUUGAUUUAGCUAACUCUGAUUCGACUUCUACAUCUCGAUUCAAUUUCUCUGUUACUGUUUUUGAGUUGUACAAUGAACAGACACGGGAUUUACUGUCUGAAUCAGAGAGCAGUCUGCAAAAGAUCUGCAUGGGAUCAGCAGAAUCUUUUAUAGAGCUUGUGCAAGAAAAAGUUGAUAACCCUUUAGACUUCUCUAGAGUCUUGAAAGCUGCAUUUCAGAGCCGGGGAAAUGACACAUCAAAGUUCAACGUUUCUCAUUUGAUCAUAACAGUACACAUAUAUUAUAACAAUUUGAUCAGUGGAGAGAACUUGUAUAGCAAGCUUUCCCUUGUUGAUUUGGCUGGAACUGAAGGUUUAAUUACAGAAGAUGAAAGUGGGGAGCGUGUGACAGAUUUGCUGCAUGUGAUGAAAGCACUUUCAGCGUUGGGAGAUGUUUUGUCUUCUUUGACUUCAAGGAAGGAUGUUAUUCCUUAUGAAAAUUCAAUGCUUACAACAUUACUUGCAGACUCCCUAGGUGGAAGCUCAAAGACUUUGAUGAUACUUAAUGUGUGUCCAAAUGCUGCAAAUUUGUCUGAGACAUUAUCGUCCCUCAAUUUCUGUGCUAGAGCUCGAAAUGCUAUGCUAAGCCUUGGAAAUCGUGAUACAAUUAAGAAAUGGAGAGAUGUGGCAAAUGAUGCAAGGAAGGAGUUAUAUGAAAAGGAGAAGGAAAUCCAGGAUCUGAGACAAGAGGUUUUGGGACUAAAGCAAGCACUUAAAGAGGCAAAUGAUCAAUGCGUGCUACUAUACAAUGAAGUUCAGAAGGCGUGGAAAGUUUCAUUCACAUUGCAAUCGGAUUUAAAGUCUGAGAAUAUCAUGCUUGUGGACAAACAUAAGAUAGAAAAGGAACAAAAUGCUCAGCUCAGAAAUCAGGUAGCUCAACUGUUACAGAUGGAACAGGAGCAGAAAAUGCAGAUGAUGCAACGAGAUUCCACAAUUGAGACAUUGGAGGCUAAAAUUAAAAGCAUGGAGUCACAACUCAGCAAAGCACUUCAUUCUAAUGAAGCUAGUUCAAAGUUUGGCUCAGAGUCUGGGCCUGGAGUUUCAUCAAUUUCCAAAGCAACCACAGAUGGCAUGGAUUCUUCAUCAGUAACCAAGAAACUUGAAGAAGAACUGAAGAAACGUGAUGCGCUUAUUGAGAGAUUGCAUGAAGAAAAUGAGAAAUUGUUUGAUAGAUUAACGGAGAAAGCAUCUUUAGGUGGAUCUCCUCAGAUGUCAAGUCCAUUCUCCAUAGGAACAAUAAAUUCUCAGUCUCGGGACAUGGGAAGGAAUGAUAGCAACAAUAAAGGGCGGUCUAUGGAUGCUAUUGCUUCACCACUGGUAUCAGAUAGAAGUGAUGGCACAGUUGCUUUGGUAAAAUCAGGAUCUGAAAAAGUUAAAUCAACACCAGCCGGAGAAUAUCUUACGGCUGCUCUAAAUGACUUUGAUCCUGAACAAUAUGACGGCCUUGCAGCCAUUUCAGAUGGAGCAAACAAGCUCUUAAUGCUGGUUCUGGCAGCAGUCAUUAAAGCAGGUGCUUCUAGAGAGCAUGAAAUUCUUGCUGAAAUUAGGGAUGCUGUAUUCUCUUUUAUCCGGAAAAUGGAACCCAAAAGGGUGAUGGAUACCAUGCUUGUUUCCCGGGUCAGAAUUUUGUAUAUACGAUCUUUACUUGCUAGGUCCCCAGAAUUGCAGUCCAUCAAGGUUUCUCCUGUUGAGUGCUUUUUAGAAAAAGCCAAUACUGGACGAAGUAGAAGUUCCAGCCGAGGUAACAGUCCUGGAAGAUCCCCUGUACGUUAUGCAGAUGAACAGAUCCAUGGGUUUAAAGUGAACAUAAAACCAGAAAAGAAGUCUAAGUUAUCAUCAGUUGUCAUGAGAAUGCGAGGAAUAGAUCAGGAUACAUGGAGGCAACAGGUUACUGGUGGGAAACUACGGGAAAUACAAGAGGAGGCAAAAAGCUUUGCAAUUGGAAAUAAAUCUCUUGCUGCUCUUUUUGUUCAUACUCCAGCUGGUGAGCUGCAGCGGCAAAUUAGGUCCUGGCUUGCAGAAAGUUUUGAAUUUCUUUCUGUUACAGGAGAUGAUGCAUCAGGGGGGAGCACUGGCCAGUUAGAACUUCUUUCAACUGCAAUUAUGGAUGGCUGGAUGGCUGGACUUGGGGCUGCACUGCCCCCCAACACAGAUGCCCUUGGGCAACUUUUGUCUGAGUAUGCAAAGCGGGUCUACAGUUCCCAAUUGCAACACUUAAAGGACAUUGCUGGCACCUUAUCAACUGAGGUAGCAGAAGAUGCUACACAAGUGGCGAAACUUCGUUCGGCUCUUGAGUCUGUUGAUCACAAAAGAAGAAAGCUUUUGCAGCAAAUGAGAAGUGAUGUAGCCUUGUUAACAUUGGAUGAUGGUGGUUCACCUAUUCAUAAUCCUUCUACUGCUGUUGAGGAUGCACGACUAGCAUCUCUCAUUUCUCUUGAUGGCAUAUUGAAGCAAGUCAAGGAUAUAUUGAGACAAUCCUCUGUAAACGCCUUGAGUAAAACUAAAAAGAAAGCUCUGCUUAGUUCUCUAGAUGAACUUGCGGAACGGAUGCCUUCCCUUCUUGAAAUUGAUCAUCCAUGUGCACAGAGGCAAAUUGCAGAUGCUCGUCAUGUGGUUGAGUUGAUUCCUGAAGAAGAUGACCACCUUCAUGAGUCGGUACAUAAUAGAAAAUCUUCUUUAGAUUUGGGGACUGGUAAUGAAACUGAUGUGGCACAGUGGAAUGUUCUGCAAUUCAACACGGGCUCCACAACACCAUUUAUCAUCAAGUGUGGAGCAAACUCAGAUUCUGAAUUGGUUAUCAAAGCCGAUGCCCGGGUUCAAGAACCUAAAGGAGGUGAAAUUGUAAGAGUUGUUCCAAGGCCACCUGUAUUAGAAAAUAAGAGCUUGGAGGAAAUGAAACAAGUAUUCUCCCAACUUCCUGAGGCACUAAGCUUGCUCGCCUUAGCAAGGACCGCAGACGGUACUCGAGCUCGGUAUUCUAGACUGUACAGAACCUUGGCCAUGAAAGUUCCAUCAUUGAGGGACCUAGUUGGUGAGCUUGAGAAGGGGGGAGUAUUGAAAGAUGUGAAAUCAUGAAUCCAUAGUGUUUUCAGGAGUCACUGUGUGCCUUCUAGUUCUGGUGUGAUUUAUUGUGGUUGGCCGAAUUCAUAAAAUUUGUUUGUUUUUGGUGGGAAGGGGGUUUAGAGGAAGAAGGGCUGUCUGUUGAAAGAAAUUGUUUUGUAGUUAAUUAUGGGAGAAGGAAAUCUUUGUAUUUUGAUACUUGUAGUGCAUAUGCAAUGUAUUGUAUCACACGUAUGCUUCGAAAUUGUUGUUGAUAUAAUUUAGCAAUUUUGUGUUAUUUAAUUUAUUUAA